AUGGAAGUUGAGAAACAUAAUCCAACCCAAACUCAAGACCCCUCCAAUCCAUCCCAAAAUGUUACUCCUACUACCACUAAUGAAACUAAUACACAAAAAAGAAAGCCUAAGAAAACUUCAGAUGUUUGGGUCCAUUUUAAACCAGUUGAGGGAGGUGAUCCUAAAAAUCCUAGGUGUAUAUGUAUUCAUUGUGGGGCUAACUACGCUUACAAUCCAACAAGGAAUGGGACUUCUACAAUUAGGGCUCAUUUGAAUAAAUGUAAGAAAUUUCCAGGAAGGGAAGAAGAUAAGAAACAUAAAUUAUUUUCUUUCACUAAAAAGGAAGAGGGUUCUAAUAGCCUGGUAGCGGUGUCUUGGACUAAAGAGGGUGCUAGAGAACAUUUAGCAAAAUAUAUUAUAUUGGAUGAGCUUCCCUUUAGACAUGUAGAAGGAGAGGGAUUUAGGCAGUACUCCCAUUACAUGAAUCCAAAGUUUGACCCUCCAUCUAGGAUUACUAUUGCUAGAGAUAUUUACAAUGUGUAUGUGGAUGAGAAGAAAAAACUGAAAAGUGUGAUGAGUAGGGAGAGAGUAUGUUUGACUACAGACACAUGGACUUCCAUUCAAAACAUCAAUUACAUGUGCGUGACAUCACAUUGGAUCGAUGGAGAUUGGAAAUUGCAUAAGAGGAUAAUUGGUUUUUUUCAAGUCUCCAAUCACAAAGGGGAAACAAUUGCAAAUGAAAUGAUGGGAUGUUUGAAAGAUUGGGGAAUAUGGAAGGUGUUUACUGUGACAGUUGACAAUGCAUCUUCUAAUGACACGGCUCUUGAGAGGUUAAAAAAGAAAUUGGUUGGAGAUGGUUUGAAGGACUUGCACUCAUCUAUAUGUAGUAUUCGUAAUGCAGUGAGAUAUGUUAGAUCUUCACCGGCACGACUUAGAAGGUUCAAGGAAUGUGCAAAGGAGGAGAACAUUCAAUCCAAGGCAUUGUUGUCCUUGGAUGUUCCAACUAGGUGGAAUUCGACGUACUUGAUGCUUGAAGCUGCUUUGAAAUUUAAGAAAGCUUUCAGUAGAUUAGAGGGGGAUUUGAAUUUCACUAGCUACUUUGACGAACCCUUGAAUGGUAGAGAGGUAGAUGGCCCUCCAAGUGAGUUAGAUUGGGAUAAUGCAAUUGUGUUUCUCAAGUUUUUGAAGACUUUUUAUCAGUUGACUCUCAAGUUUAGUGGAUCAUUGUAUUCCACGAGCAACCUUUACUUCUUAGAAAUUUGUGAGGUGAAACAAGAGUUGAAUGUUCUAUCUGAAGACUCAGACAAUUUGUUGGGCAAUAUGGCAGCUAGCAUGCGGAAGAAGUUUGACAAGUAUUGGGGUAAUCCCGAAAAGAUGAAUGUUGUUCUAUUUCUUGGUAUAGUACUUGAUCCACGAUAUAAAUUGGAGUAUGUUGCAGUGUGCUUUAGCUAUAUCUACGAGGAAACAGUUGCAAAAAACUUGUUGAAAUCUAUUGAAGAUAAAUUGCGUAGGAUGUUCCAUGAGUACAUCGAUAUCCCUCCUCCACCAACCAACACAAAAUCAGUUGAAGAAGCUUCUCAACCUAUACAGUCAACAGAAGUUUUUACCUUGGGUGCUAAACGACAAAUUCAUUCGACCUUUAUGAGACAAAAGGCAAUAAAGCGAGAUGGGAGUGAGAGGAAUGAAGUUGAUCGAUACUUGGAUGCAGAUUCUGAUGACUUUGGUGAUGACUUUGAUAUACUAGCAUGGUGGAAGCAAAAUUCUUGUAGGUACAAAGUGUUGUCAAGAAUUGCAAGGGAUGUGCUUGCAACUCCCAUUUCUACAGUUGCCUCAGAGUCGACCUUUUCUACUGGAGUUGUCAUUCGUGAAUAUAUGGAUGAAAUUGAAGGUUAUAAAGAUUGUGUUGAAGUUCUUCCAGACAUGGCUACUCCCAACAUUUUCAACAUGUAUCAGGCCGAGGAGGAAGAGGAAGUUCCCCAACUCCGGCGAAAGUCAUCAAGGACGCACACCGGCGAGACCAGUCAGGGGCCCACCAAAAAGAGUCGAACCGAAGAUCCUCCAAGGGACGCACCUACUGAGCAAACUUCCGCCCAUCCUCCGAAUCCUACGGAGAAACAGACUCCUUCUGCCACGCCAAAACCUCCGGCUGCGCCUACCGGAAAGCAAAUUACUCGGGAAGAAGCUCUCGGGGUCAAAAUCUUGAGCCGCACUCUGCGAUCAGCCAGGGAUCGCCUUGAACGCAUCGGUAAAAGCGACCGUGUCAAGGAUGCAAUGGGUGCCGACUUCAGCUAUCUUUUGGAAGACGUUAGGAAUGCCGAGCUGGCGCGUUGUGCUACCCAACUGGCCGAAGAGGAGGCAAGAGCUAGGAUCCCUGACUCCCCAAGCCUGGCUGUCGUAGAAGAAGAAGUUGCUGUUGGAUGCCUGUGA